AAUAACUUCAUCACAAGGACGUAUCGUCAUUGGUUGUUAUGUGCUACAGUUUGGUUAUUCAGAUUGAAAGGAUAAGUUAAUCGAUGAAACGGUAUUUAAAAAAAGCUCGAGUUCUUUGCAUCUUUUUCUUUCUCGUUAUUCUAUUUGGAGUAUGUUGGGUGGUAAAUAACGGUAAUCAAUCUAUUGUACAAUAUCGGGCUGAUAUUAUUAACCUCUCCCGAAAGUAUGUCAAAGCUUUGGCCGAAACUCAGAAUGUGGGUUUUGAUGAUCCUUACAGCGCAGAGUUGACGGGAUAUGACUUAAAGAAAACAUUGGCCGUUAUUCUAGACGAAGUGCUACGUCGUAUUGACCAGAUAGAAUCAAAACUCUCUAAUUUAACGAACUCAUCUCCUGAAGUAACUAGACAUUAUUCCGAAUCUAUAAACUCGGCACCAUUUGUACCUCAUACUGCUCGAGGUUUGAAAAUGAAUAAUAAUGAGAAAUCAAACUACAAAAAGAUUAACUAUUUGGAUCUUCUACAAGAUGCACAAGAAAACUGUGUUGUUCAAGCUAGAGAACUACCACUAUACCCGGAAUGUUUUUCAAAGAUUGAAUGGUUGCGAACCCGUUGGGGAACUCACUCAUGUUAUGUUGAGUUAGGAAUCGAUGGAUCAGAAUGUUCACUUAUCCGGUAUCUUAGUGAAGUUGAAAGUUUCUGUCCACGAUUGGAUAGCAGAAAAUUUCUGAAACGUCAUAGUGAAGCUCAGAUAACUCGAGAUCUUAAUGGUUUGCUUGGCAUAUUAUCCUUAGCUAAAAAUCAUUUAUUAUCGAAAUCGUUUAUGACUACACGGCUAAAACGUAUGUGGCCUGAUUGGUUAGCAGGAAUUCAACAUUAUAUAAAUGGAGUUAAUUUUUCACAAGCUGAUCAUUCAUCAUUGGAUCAGUGUAAAUUUUGUUCGCCUGAUGAUAUAGCUUGUGCAGAUAUUUGUCAGUCUACCAAACUAAUAGGUCAGCCGUUUUUAUUUGGAAGACCGAAGCUCAAUAUUCUACUUCAUAUGGGAUUUUUAUCGAAUGAUUUUUAUAAGAAUUCUUUCGAAUCAUAUAUCUCUAAAGGUGGUCCCCUUGGUGAACUUGUUCAAUGGACUGAUCUCAUAGGUGCCCUCUAUAUUCUUGGACACAACAUAACAAUUACUUUUGAAGCUGUUGAAGCAAAAUUAAAAUUGUUACAUCCCUACUCAAAUUCCAUACCUUGUCAGGUAGAAAAUAAUAAAUACGAUUUAAUAUACACGGAUAUUAUAGGAUUUAGAAAUUUGAAAGGAAUGAACAUCCGGACUCCAUUAUGUAAAUUUCGUAUAUUGGAUACAUUUGGAACAGAAGCUCUUUAUAAUCGUAAAAAAGAACUUUGGAGUGGAUUACAUUUGAAUUUACAACAAUUCUAUACAUUUUUCCCUCAUUCACCGGAUAAUACAUUUCUGGGUUUUGUUGCUGAAAUACUUCCACCCAAAUCUAAAUUCUCUCAUCAAUCAUCAUUUAAACCUGUUGCUCUUGUCUACGGAAAAGAGGCUUAUAUGUGGUCUAAUAAAACAAAUUAUUUGAGAAUUUUGUCUGAUUACUUUGAAUUACAUGGAAAUGUGAUGGAUAGAGUUGAUAACUUGCCAAAAUUUGUGCAUAUACAUCAAAUGCAAUAUGGUCAACCAUAUUUAGAAUUAAUGUCGAAAGCUCAAAUAUUGAUUGGAUUGGGAUUUCCUUACGAAGGUCCUGCGCCUUUAGAAGCAAUCGCUAAUGGUCUUAUUUUUCUUAAUCCUCGUUUUGAUCCGCCUCACGGUAGAAGCAGUCAAGCAUUUUUUGCUCAUAAACCUACUUCACGUUCUCUUACCAGCCAACAUCCGUACAUAGAAAAUCACAUCGGUGAACCUUACUCAUAUUUGGUUGAUAUGGACAAUGAAACACAGAUACGCUUAACUAUCAAACGUAUUCUGACCAACAUUUCUAACGGAACCUAUCGUCCUCACGAAUAUAGUCCGUGGGGUUUACUCGAACGCCUUAAUGCUUAUUUGACACGCCAAAAUAUCUGCGCCGCACCUUUUUACAAAAACUUGAUCCAGUCUCCAUUGCCGAUAACAAAAGCUGAUGCGCCUCCUAAAUUUAACUACCUAGAUGUCCCUAGCACUACUGUUUCAUGGCCUCCAGCAUCAAGUUUGAAGAUAGUUUUGGGAUCUCGUGGUAAAUCUUGUGCAGAUGUGUGUAUAAAUCUGGGAACUUCAGAACAUACUUUAUUACUGCCUCCCGAUAUUUCUGCUUACUCCAUUCGCAACAAAAUACAACAUCCCCAAAUACAGAAUGGCUACCUCUACUAUCGUUCUAUUCACACUACGCCUUCGCAAAACUUGUCUUAUCUUUAUGCAUUUCGCUGUUCUCCAGAACACUUUCCAAGUGUUAAUCAUCGACUAAACCUUCAACAUCUCGGUGUUUCUUGUCCUAAUAUUACUUACACAACUAGUCCAAUGGCACCAUAUUGGGACGAUGCAACAAGUUCAUGUGUUUUUCAAGCUAAUCAUGAAUGGUUUGACUGUACUGCCUCAGGGACUCUUAAUGGAUCUGAUGUAUUUUCUCGUUUUUGUCCUUGUCGUGAUGCUCUUCCUAACCAGAUUUCUUUAUGUUCUAACUGUUUGUGACAAAAUAUUCUAUUCCUUAAUGAUCACAUGUAUAGAAAAUUAUACAAGCUACAUUUAUACUUUCACCUUCCCGUCCGGUUGUAUAUGAAUCGUAUUAUGUACUUUCUUUAACAUUUUAAGUGUACGGUGAAGCACUGAAUAUUUGAUUGUUAUUUUCUGUCGAAAAGCAUUUUUCCCAUUUCAGUCUGCAACAUUAAUAUAUUUACUAAUAACUGCAUUUUAAUUUGUAUUUACUUCCUAUAAAUUCUAGUCGACGAACUUUUUUCUGUUGUAAAGUCUUAAUUCCUUCAGAUUUUUUCGUUUUAGAAUCUAAUUGUAAAUUUCUUUUCAUGCUUGUACAACGUAUUUUCGAAUUAUAUAGAAUAAUAUUGUUGUGUGUUAGGAAACUAGAUUAUUUUUUCCAUAUAUGUUUGCAAUAUUAAGUUGAUUUCAUUGACAACUGAUUUGGUUGAGUUUUGUGAAUGAAGAACUGUAGUUGUCUGUUUCGAUAUUCUGAAGGACAAGAUAUGUUUGAUGACUUUUUAAUAAUCAUUUUUAAGUAUUAAAUAGUUUGCUAAUUUUUAAUACAUAAGUGUCAUACAUCUUUGC